CGCUCGGCUCCCCGCCACCGCCGCAGCCGAGAUGGAGGACAUCGAGGACGUGCUGGGCGCGGCCGGCCUUUCUGGCGGCGGAGCGCCUCCGGGGCUCCGCCUCCCGCUAGCCGCCGUCGCGGUGAAGCCCAAGCGCCGGUCGUCCAGGGUCGCACAGGCGCCGCCUCAGCCCGAGGCCGGGAUCCCCGGCACGCAGACGAUUUACGUCAAGACAUUCGGGUGCUCACAUAACCAGAGUGACAGUGAAUACAUGUCAGGUCAGCUCUCUGCAUUUGGAUAUGCGAUCACUGAAGAUCCUGAAGGAGCCGAUUUGUGGCUAAUUAACACAUGCACAGUGAAAAAUCCAAGUCAAUCUGCAAUGACAACCCUCAUAUCUAAAUGCAAGAAUGCGAACAAGCCACUUGUAGUGGCUGGAUGUGUACCCCAAGGAAGCCAGGGCCUCAAGGAGCUUGAAGGUAUUAGUAUAAUUGGAGUUCAACAGAUAGACCGGGUUGUUGAAGUGGUUGAGGAAACUUUAAAGGGACACGAGGUUCGCUUGUUGAGUCGGAAAACAUUGCCGUCACUUGAUUUACCUAAGGUAAGAAAGAACAAGUUUAUUGAGAUUCUUCCUAUUAAUGUGGGAUGUUUAGGCGCCUGCACAUACUGUAAGACAAAGCAUGCUCGUGGCCAUUUGGGAAGCUAUACUAUUGACAGCUUGGUGGAUCGUGUGAAAACUGUCGUCUCCGAAGGUGUCCGGGAGAUCUGGUUGAGCAGCGAAGAUACUGGUGCUUAUGGACGGGAUAUCGGUACAAAUCUUCCAAAUUUGUUAAAUGCGAUCGUUGCGGAGCUUCCUGUUGACCAAAGCACAAUGCUCCGCAUAGGCAUGACAAAUCCUCCUUUCAUACUAGAGCAUUUGAAGGAGAUAGCUGCCGUUUUGUGUCAUCCCUGUGUUUACUCUUUCCUCCAUGUCCCUGUGCAAUCUGGAAGCGAUUCUGUUUUAAAGGCAAUGAAUCGUGAAUAUACUGUUGGCGAGUUCAGAAAGGUAGUCGACACUCUGUGUGAGCUUGUCCCUGGAAUGCAAAUUGCUACAGAUAUUAUCUGUGGCUUUCCUGGUGAGACCGACGAAGAUUUCUCUGAGACUGUUAACCUCGUAAAGGAAUAUCAAUUCCCUCAAGUCCACAUUUCGCAGUUCUACCCCAGACCAGGGACGCCUGCUGCUAGGAUGAAGAAAGUACCAAGCAACGAAGUGAAGAAGCGGAGCCGUGAAUUGACUUCAGUCUUCGAAUCGUUUUCGCCAUACCAAGGAAUGGAAGGCAAAGUAGAGAAGAUCUGGAUCACCGAGAUUGCGUCUGAUGGUGUUCACCUGGUCGGACAUACCAAGGGAUACAUCCAGGUGCUGGUAACUGCUCCUGAUAGCAUGUUGGGAACGUCCGCGGACGCGAAGAUCACGUCUGUCGGACGAUGGUCCGUCUUCGGUGUAGUGGUAGAAGGAUCUGUUGCAGUCAUAGAAGCACCAAUACAAACUAGUGCCGAACUGCAGGAGGAACACGUACAGAAUCAGGUGGAGGAAGCUGGUUGCUGUGCCACCGACUCCUGUGGCGCCUGCGCGUGCUCCAAUGAGGCGCAACCGUGUGGCCCAGACCGAUGUGGAGAUGCACUUCGUGCCCCGCAGACCUGUGGUGGUGACGUUGUUACAACUCGCCAGGAGGCACUCCAGCCUACGCUCGUGAGGAGAAGCGUAGAUGGAACCACGAAAGGAAGCGACAGUACUGCGGCGCAUUCAGCAGGGAAGGAACAGCGGGUGGAAGUAGUGACUAGGCGUGGGGUAGAUAUCGACACGGUUCUGUGGUGCGGUUUGGCCGCGAGCUUCGCUGUGACGGUAGCCCUGCUUGCACUCCUCACCAGCAAGAUUUUGUCGACGACAUCACACUAGGGCUAAUAAGGCGAAGCUUUGUAACUUGUGGUUUGGUUCUUGAGCGUGUCGCUGGAUCGAUUUUGGCGGUCUCUUUCUUUACUUGAUCCGCCUGUAUGUCGUUGCAAAAAACUGUGCCACUGUAUACAAAAACACGUGGUUGCAAACAAGUUUUCUCGUUGCUUU